GGCCCGGUUAGUAAAGUCUUCCCCGCAGAAGAUCUCGUAGAUGAAGCUAUCAAGACAGCUGCAAAAAUAUCAUCCUUGUCGAAGAUUGCCGUACAGAUCGCCAAAGAAGCUGUCAACACAGGUAUUGCCCUGGCAGUUGUAACCAUCCGAUUGACUGUUUCCUGUCAUGAGUUAUACCUCGAUUAUUCGAAAGAUUUUAUGUCAACUGAAGUCGGUGUGGAUCUUGUCCAUCGCUAGACGUUUCUUGUUGGUUUACCAGUCAACUUCAAAACAGUUACCUAUCCUAUUUGACUGUUCUACUGCAAAACUAUCUUUUUUCUAGUUACCGAAAUAGCCCAAAACAUCAUGACGUACUUCCAUUCACAAGAGUAAAAUUGAUUGUUUCUAAGCCAUCAUCUUAAUUGAAGCAAACUGAAAAAAUGAGGUAGAUUUUUGCGCAAGUUAAGCAGAGAAGAACUUGAUCUCGCGUAGGGUUUUGUUGCCUCGGGAUAUAAAUCAUGAUGACUGACCUGCUUGAGUCCAAAAGUUUAACAGUUUACAAGAAAUGCAUGCAAGAACAAUUUAUGGUCGUUGCAUUCCCUUUGAAAGUUCCGUAGAUGGUUGAAUUUCCCAAAUGUCUUUUUGUUUAGGCUACGAGAUGUCACUGGCAGAAGGACUGCAUUUUGAGAAAAGAAUGUUUCACUCAACAUUUUCAACAGUAAGUUAA